CAACCUAAUUUUCAGUCACUCCAGUCCAGUCACACACUUAUGCACUGAUGUGGGUUUUCUAAAUUUUGUUUAGUCUUGACAGGUGUAUAAAAGGUGACUGAAGACACUAAUUUGGAUAAUCUCCUCAGGAAGGAAUCAUUACAGAAUAUAACAAGAGCCAUGUGGGUUGUCUUUUCUUUGUUGCUCGCCCUCUCCAGUGGCACUCUAUCUCUGGACAAACUCAACAUGUGUAUGGAUGGCAAACACCACAAAACAGAACCUGGCCCUGAGGGAGACCUUUACAGUCAGUGUGCCCCCUGGAGUGACAAUGCAUGUUGCACGGCUAACACCAGCACAGCAGCGCACAAUGAUAACUCCUACCUCUACAACUUCAACUGGAAUCACUGCGGUGUGAUGAGUGAGCAGUGUAAGAAACAUUUUAUCCAGGACACGUGCUUCUAUGAGUGCUCGCCACACUUGGGACCCUGGAUACAGGAAGCGGAUGAGAGCUGGCGCAGGGAGCGAAUCUUGGAUGUGCCUCUGUGUAUGGAGGACUGCCACAGCUGGUGGGAGGACUGCAAGAAUGACCUCACCUGCAAGACUAAUUGGCACAAGGGAUGGGACUGGACCUCAGGUACUAACAAAUGCCCAGAAGGCAGCAAGUGCAGAAAGUGGACCGACAUUUUCCCCACACCAAAGUCCAUGUGUGAACAAAUUUGGUCCAACUCCUACAUUUAUACCACCCACUCCAACACCUCAGGCCGCUGCAUGCAGCUCUGGUUCACUGGGCCAAACCCAAACAAGAAGGUGGCUGAGUACUACCUUAACAACGCACAGCAACACCAAAGCUUUGCCUUGACAACGCUACUUUUCCUGGCUGUUGCAUCCUUCUCCAUAAUGAUUUACUAACAUGAUAUCCUUGACAUUGCCUAUAUCACAUUGGAGGUAGCAAUAAAACUGAUUUAAAACCC